AAAAAUUCCAGACAUUGAAAUUGAAUUUUUUUUAAAUUCGAAAAUUUAACAAAAAAACAUUAGUUUAACUUUAAAAUUUGCAUACAAUUCGAUUGCUGGGAGUCAUUAGAACAAUAAUAAGGUAAAGUAUGACUUUUCAUUCAUUUAAAAGUUGAUUUUUUUAGAAAAAAUUUUAAAAAGUGAAAUUGUUGUUUUUGUAUUUUUAUAGUUUUUUUAUUUUUUUGUGAUUUUAUUAGUUAUUUUGAGUCUUUGAAUUAAAUUUUGAAUAGUUUUCACUAGAAUGUUGCUAGAACAUGUGUUUAAAAUCAUUUAAUUAAUAUAAAUCGAUCAUUUUAACUUUCACUUCUGGAUGUUCCUCAUUUUCAAUCCAGUUAUCAAAGGUAAGCAUUUCUUUUACAUUUGCUAGCUAUUGAAAUGCCAACCGGAACUAAAACAAAAGGAUUAAAUGCAUUUUUUAGGAAUGGAUGACGAAGACAAAUCAUCAGACAACGAACAAUCCAAGCCUGAUAAGAUGUUUACAUUAAAGAGAUGGAAUAGAUCAAAAUGCAACGAUUUUUCUCAACAUUUGCAAAUGAUGUCGAAUUGAGACAACAGAUUGCAGGUUAGCUAAUUUAAAUGAAUCAAAUCAGUUUAGGGGUCGUUGACUUAUGACGUCCAUCAAAAAACCUGAUUUUUAACCCCCCCCCCCUCUGUCACAAAAAUUCUAAAGAAAAAAAUUUCCAUUGUUUGAACUGUCACAGAAGAUCCCCCUCCCCCCUAAAUGUUGGACGUCAUGAGUGAACGACCCUUUUGCAAUUUUUUCAAAUUAAAUUUUAUUUCAGCCUCAAAUUUGCCGUACCGUAUUGUAAAUCCACUGCCAGGUCAUGGAUCCUUCAGAUCACUUCUUAGAGAGCGCGAGCGUCAAGUAAAUCCUGGAUUCAUUGAUGCAGUCAUAACAGCAAAACAUCCAAACGAUAGCCUUACUGCAGAAGAUUUGUAUGCCGUACGUGUAUUAAUUACUGACAAACUUGGUGCAGUAGAUCCGAAUGAUAACAUUCAAAUCAACACGGAUGGUCCGUACAUGGAAGUUUUUAGGUGUAAAAAUUUGCAGUCUUUUCUGUGGUUUCUGGAAGCAACUACAGGAUUGAUUGUUAAUUCUAAGGAAACAAAACAAUCAGCAAUCAACGACGGAACAGUGUAUAACUUUUACACUAUGCUGCCAGUGCCUUACACCGAUCACUUUCUGCUCCGUGAUAUUCCAAGAUUCAAUGGCGAUUUCGAUACUUCUCAUUGGAGAACUGAAUCAGAUGGUCAGCACGUUAUCUACGAAGUAGACUUGCUGAGCGCUUGUUUAUUGUACAACAGACAGUAUGUAUUGCAGUAUGGUCAGACUGCUUACAAUCUGGCAUUAAUGUGCAAUCUCGACUAAAGUCUCAUUGAUUACAUUCCAUUAUUGAUAUAAUUUAUCUAAUUUACAAUCAAAUUGCAAGGAUAAAAUUUAUUCAGUUGAGGUAUGAAAGGAAGGUCUUAAAGAGGACGGAACUCUCUCCAUAAGGA